CAAAAGCACAGAGAGAACCUGGUCCUCUGGGCUCCCCAAACAGCCCAGGCAGUCCAAACGAGUUGGUGCUGCAGGUCGAGGCUGUCAGCUACCAAGGACAAUGAACUUCAGAAACUACUGCUGAAGUGAGAACUAGAGGUCUGUGGCCCUUCCACUUCCUCAUCCUUGCCCUUGUCAAGCCUGAGUUGGGAUGUCAGGCUCCUCCAAGGAGAGUGUGGGACCCCGGGGUCUACCAGUGUUGGGCAAGGCCUGCUUAACCACCAUGGACAAAAAGCUUAACAUGCUGAAUGAGAAGGUUGACAAACUCCUGCAUUUUCAAGAAGAUGUCACGGAGAAACUACAAUGUGUGUGCCAAGGUAUGGGCCACCUAGAGCAAGGCCUGCACCGGCUGGAGGCCUCCCAAGGGCUGGGCCCAGGGGCAUCUGAUUGUGCUCCUCUAGCUGACACUCAGGCUGGGUGGCCUGAGGUCCUGGAGCUGGUAAGGGCUGUGAGGCAGGAUGGUGCCCAGCAUGGUGCCAGACUCGAAGCCCUUUUCAGGAUGGUGGUGGCCUUGGACAAGGCCAUCGCUUUGGUGGGGACUACGUUCCAGAACUCAAAGGUGGUGGAUUUCAUCAUGCAAGGGAGUGUUCCCUGGAGAAGAGGCAGCCUGGCUGAUGGCCCUGAGGAGAACAAAGAGCAAGUAGAAGAGAAGGGAGCAAAACCAAAGCAUGCACUGAGCACCAGAGGUGUGCAAGCCGACAUCAGGGGGCCUUCGGAAGAGAGCCAGAAGGCUGACGUGCCAGAGGGGACAGUGGAGAGGCUGCCCUCCUUCAGCACCUCACGGAUGGGAGCCGACCUCCUCUCUCAGGCAGCGGCCUCACCUGGACAGGGAGAUGGGGUUCCUGGCCCAGGACAGGUACCUCUUGGCUACCUGCCGCUGCCCACAGAGGUCAAAGCCAAAGAUUCCGAGACAUCCAGUGAGAACCCUGGGACUGACCUGGAAUUGUCUGCAGCAUCUGACAGGGUCAUCGAGGCCCCCACCAACCAGGACGUGGCACCAGGUGCAGGACAAGGAGUAUCAUCCAGCAGGCUUGAUCCUCAGUCCUCAGAAGAGGACGUGUGGCUGGCUUCAGGGCCCAGUCCUGAGCCCCCAAGAGCACCAGCGCCGUCCAGGGCAGCUCACAGUGGUGGAGGGUCUCCUCUAAGGAUCUCCAUCCACGUGCAAGAGAUGGACACUCCUGGGGAGCUUCUUGUGACACGUCGGGGCAGCCUCAGACCCACUCCCCCUGCAGAGGUUCCAACAGCUGCCCAACCCAAUGAGCAGUUGCCUGGACCCAGCUGCUGCUCUGAAGCUCCUGGAACUAAGCUAGGAGAACAAAACCCCAAGGAAGCCAGAGAGUUUCCCCCACUGCAGAAGAAGAGCAGUGAUGAGGGAGCAGGUGCAGAGAAGCAAGAGCCUGUGGCUGAGUCUGCCACAGGGCCGAGCUUCACCAGAAGGGACAAGGGAGAUGACCCUGCUGGGACCUCAGGCCUGCAGCAGGACAGAAGCUUAGCAGCAGGACAUCCUGAGCCUGGGAAUGACUGCGCAGCUGGGGUCACUCCAGGAGCUGAAGCAGGAAGGACGACACCCCCAGAUGCUGGGGCUGGCAGCCUGGUUCUGGAUGACAGCCCAGCCCCACCAGCCCCUUUUGAACACCGGGUGGUGAGUGUCAAGGAGACAUCGAUCUCAGCAGGUUACACGGUGUGCCAGCAUGAAGUCUUGGGAGGGGGCCGGUUUGGCCAGGUUCACAAGUGCACAGAGAAGUCCACAGGUCUUCCGCUGGCUGCCAAGAUCAUCAAAGUGAAGAGUGCUAAAGACCGGGAGGAUGUGAAGAAUGAGAUCAACAUCAUGAACCAGCUCAGCCAUGUGAACCUAAUCCAGCUCUAUGAUGCCUUCGAGAGCAAGAACAGCUUUACUCUGGUCAUGGAGUAUGUGGAUGGGGGUGAACUCUUUGACCGGAUCACAGAUGAGAAGUACCACCUGACUGAACUGGAUGUGGUCCUGUUCACCAAGCAGAUCUGCGAGGGUGUGCAUUACCUCCACCAGCACUACAUUCUGCACCUAGACCUCAAGCCGGAGAAUAUACUGUGUGUAAAUCAGGCAGGACACCAAAUUAAGAUCAUUGACUUUGGGCUGGCCAGAAGGUACAAGCCUCGGGAAAAGCUGAAGGUGAAUUUUGGUACUCCCGAGUUCCUGGCCCCAGAAGUCGUCAACUAUGAGUUUGUUUCAUUCCCCACGGACAUGUGGAGUGUGGGAGUCAUCACCUAUAUGCUACUCAGUGGUUUGUCCCCAUUUCUAGGGGAAACAGAUGCAGAAACCAUGAAUUUCAUUGUGAACUGUAGCUGGGAUUUCGACGCUGACACCUUUGAAGGGCUGUCAGAGGAAGCCAAGGACUUUGUUUCCCGGCUACUGGUCAAAGAGAAGAGCUGCAGAAUGAGUGCCACACAAUGCCUGAAACAUGAGUGGUUGAAUAAUCUGCCUGCCAAAGCCUCGAAAUCCAAAGUUCAUCUCAAAUCCCAACUAUUGCUACAGAAAUACAUGGCCCAGAGAAAAUGGAAGAAACAUUUCUACGUGGUGACUGCUGCCAACAGGUUAAGGAAAUUUCCAACUUGUCCCUAAUCUUCAACUCUGCUGCUCCAGUGGGCCCAGAAAUUAUUAAGGCUUGCGGUGAUGUGAAGAGAUGACUCAAGAUUUUAAGUAAUCUGACCUUUUACUAUUAUUGAUUCCUCUUAUUUUGUUAAAAAAAAAAAAAAAAAAGGUUCUGGCUGUUGCCUUGUGGACGAAA